GACUUCAUUCCCUCUGGAAGGCAAUGGGAUUUGGAAGGGCUGUACAAGCACUUGGAGAAGGGAAGGGACGAGACAUGAAGGCUUCCCUGGACACGAAGAGAUUCUGAGGGAGAAGACUGAGGCCUGCUGAGCCUGUCCUGGCACUCUGGAGGGUCUGGGAGAGCUCCAGCCCCGCUGCAGCUGAGCCCCCUGGGCAGCCCCAUGGACUCUCCCCACCUCCUGCACUUGGGUUUCCUGCUCCUGGCUCUUGCUGCUCCAAGUAUUGCCAUGCCCACUGUUGACCCUGCUGAAGGGAGAGAAGACCCUUCCUCUGACAGCACAACUGUGACAGUCUACCACUGUAAGGACUACAAGAGCUGCACAUGCAAGUCUAGAGAAAAUAAUUUUAAAAACUUUAAAAUAAUCGCUGAAACACAAAACAAGACAUUUUCAGAUGUACUAAUUGAGCUGGUGACCAAUGAAACACACAUGACUGUUUGCUUUGAGCAAGAAAAUUCCUGUCUUGAAGGAAUUUAUGGCGUCUUCUGGCAGAAAUCUGGGGGAGCAGGACUCUCCUGUGGCAUUCUGAAUUAUGGAGAAAAUGGAAGAGGUAACAUCAGUACUGAGGAGAAGAAUAUUUGCUGUGAAGCAGAGACAAAUAUCUGGAGACACAACCCUACCCUGAGGUGCUACACUCAAAAGUCACAUUCAAAACUCAUCACACUGCCAGUUGAGUCUCCUGGUAAUCCUGAACUUCUCACCAGCAGCAAGAAGACCAGCAUUGGCAUCUUGCUCUCAUUCCUGUUUGUUGGCGUUUGUGCAGGAUGUGCUGUCACGUAUUACUUCCUGCGGCGGCGGCGCGGCCAAGGAAAGGAACUGAGCUAUCAGUGUUGCAUCCUGACAAGAAGGAAUUUCCUCACUGCUUUCUCCUGAAACAAGGGCUCUUAGUCAAUACAGACAGACGUCUAAUGAAGGAAACCUCGAACAUCUUUGAUAACCAUCUGCACGGGAGAAAACCUCUUUGCCAGCAGCAUCCUCCUCCUUUCUUACAAUGUCCAGCCACCAGCUGAACACAGACUGAUUUUCCAUGAGAACUCCUGCUCAUGUAUUCACAAAAACUCCCUUUUUCACAAAUGUACCUUCACCACAUCCACACCUUCCCCGAGCACUGUGACUCUUGUCCAGCUCCAGGCCUUUGGGAGCAGCACAGGCAGCAGCAGGAGCCCCCAUCCUCUCCUGGUGUUGGCUGCAGACAGCAGGAGCCCCAGGGAGUGUGGCUGACUCAGCAGCACAGGCUGGAACCAGCUGAAUUCUCUGUGCCACUGUGUUGUGAGGUGCCUCAGGGAGGCAAAGAUUUCGUUUCAGAAAUGCGUUUGUCUACGUGAGAGACGUGGCUGGAAGCCAGGCCACUGUGAAUUCUGACCUCCUGCUUUGGAGGAUGGGCAGUGUGAGCCCUGGAUGAAGUUACAACACCCCUGACCUCUUGGGAGGAGUGGCCCAGGAGUUCUGAUUGGGUUUGAGUCCCUGGGGGUUUCUCCCUGGUGUUUGUAGUGGUCCCUAGCCCUAGACCCCACCCUCAAAGGUGGAGACCCUCAAUAGUUCUGUCCCUCAAAACCCCUCACCCUGCUUUUUUUCGGGGCUCUCUGUCUCUGGAUGACAGUUUGUUCCCAUGCUGAAAAAAUGGUUUCAUGAACAGAGAACAGCCUGUCUCUGCUGGUUCCCAGAAACUCUGGUUUCCCUGGCCAUGAUCCUGCAGCUGUGGACUGCAACACCACUCAAAGUGUGAACUGCUGUGGAACAACAUCUUUCACUUGGUAAUGCCACAGCAGCACGCAGGUGUCUGGAUGUUUUUUAAUUCUCAGGUCAUCUCUGGAUUCACCAAAGCCUUUUGCACAAUUGGCUGCUUGGUUGAGCUGGAGCAGUUUGGGUUUUUGAAUAGAUGUUUGAUUUUUGCCCCCACCCACAGGCUGAGGAUGUGUGUGUGUGUUUGUUCUGUGCAGGGCUGGGUGGGAGGCUGUGUCCAGCUCUCCCAGCAAUGGCAUUGUGUCACUGAGCCUUUGUUCUCCACCCAGGAUGAAGGUUGGUAUCAAUCUUCUGACAAAUGAGGCAAGUUUAGACAGCAUGAGAUGAAUACAACCCCUCAGCAAUCCCACUGAGUACUUGGUGUCUUUAAAUCAUUCCCCAUUCCCACCUGACUUGAAUAAAUCCUCACCUUUUGCAUUGGAUCUAAUUUAGAAUCAGGACUGUUUAACAAAAAUCAGUGGCAGCACAAGUGGAAAAGCAAAUCUCUGAAGCAAUGUGAAUGUUUGCCACUUUUUCAUGGUUUAGUUGCCCAUAAACCUGGAGCUGGAACUUCCAGCAGGAAAUCCCAAAUGAUAGAGGACAUUGUGUCCCUCUUCAACUUUGCUACAAUCCAAUCUAAAAGGAAAAUUUCUUAAUGUAAAAGAUCCAAAUAAUUUUAAUAAUUAAUUUUUAGAAAAAUAGAAGGGCCUCUGUACUUAAAUUUACCUUUUUUUUUGGCAAAGGAGACCGAUACUUUUUUGGGUUGGAGGGGAUUUUUUCCCCAGUCAGGGUUUUACACUCACACUUUUAACUCAGAUCUCAACUGAUAUGAUGCAAAUUUUCAAUUUUAAUGUGGUGGAAUUCAGUCAUAUGUUCCUGAAGGGUUGACAAUCCAAGUAUUCCAAUGCUGCUAGUAUUUACUGAGUUUGUGGUCUUGAUUCAGUUGUCAGCUGUGUUUUAUCAUGAGGAAUGUUAUGUUAGCUCAAUAAAUCAAAUAAACUAAGGUUGCCUGUAAGAAGGCCAGACUGUGGAUGAACUAAGAAAUAGGAGGAAAAAUACUUUUCCACUUUAUGUGGCAUCUUAUCACAAUUGCACUUCCAUUUUUUCCCCUCAACAAAACCGCUGGAAGCUUUUGACAGAGCAGAGCUGUGUAAAAGGAGUGAGGAAGGUUUUCUUUGGAAAUUGCACUGACUUGAGGUGUUGAUGAGGUUAAUGAUGUGCAGAUUUAAUUUCUACUCUGUACCAGCAGUUGAGGCCAGAGAGCUGGACGUGUUUUGAGAGGAAAAGUUAAAUGGGCACCUCAGUGAGAACAGCCAGGAAACACAAAUCCCAGUCUGAUCUUUAUGUCUCACUCACACACUCUGUCCUUCACAUCUCUUCUUCCUAUGGGUGAUUAUGCAGAUUGUGGUAUUUGGGGAUUUCCCUACCAGCUGUUCCACUUUGCCCCUUUGUGUUGUGCUGGUGCACACCAAAGGUGCUACAGCUCAGGAAAAGUAGUGAGAACUUGCUUUAAAAAUCGACAGUGCUUGUCCUCAGCAAGUGCAUUUUGCUCUUGAAUAUACACAUGGAGGUGGGUGUUUUUAAUCAUAGGAUCAUGGAAUGGUUUGUGUUAGAAGGGCCCUGAACAAUCAUUUAACUUUUCUUAUGGAAUAAAAACAUGACAGACGAUACUAAGAGACCUGACUCACCAAAAGCCAUAAUUUAACAGCUGUUAUUCCAUUUCAGCUGAAUGAAAUGAAACAAUAAAACUUUGUCUUAAACACUGUCUGUUCAUGGUGUGGUGGUGCAUCCUCCGUGUUCCAGGCCACACUUUGAUCUAAGAAAUGCUUGGCCUUGAUGAGCAGCCCCUGGCUCGGCUCCUCCGGGGUUUGUCACAAGCACUGUCUGCUCCUGGGCACUGCUGCUGCCCAACGAGCUCCUGCUUUCUUUAGGAGCAGCCUUGGGAGUGAUUUUUCUUGUCUGAAUGGCACAACAUCUCUGUUCUCACAUGCCCAAAGAAGGCUGGUCCGAAGGGCCAGGGUGAAACUGUUGAGAUUAAAGCCCAUCUCUUGUGACCCCAAAACAGCGGUGACAAACGGGACCCUUGGAGCUCUCCUGGACCAACAACCUUCCUCUGAAUGGGGCCUCUCUGAGCUGGGAUCUCUCCCAUGUUCUUCUUUUGGAGGAUCCCCAAGCAACAACGGGUCCUGGGCUGAUCCCCCAAUGCUCAAUCCUCCCCUUGGGGAGACACAAAAGCAUCUGGAGUGAGCAUUUCCCUGCCCUGCAGGGGAAUUGCUCACAGGUGCCUUGCACUGACUUUUUGUGUCUGUGUGCAGGUGCUGUGGCUUGGGAGAAAUGCCAACAAGGUGCUCACACUGCCUUCUUUAAGUUCUCCUGUCUUAGAGCCAACCUCUUCACUUAGAAAUUGCUGCUCUUUCUACCUGUUAGGUAGACAUGGAGAAUAUAAUUGGCGUUCUGGGUUGCAAGUUUAAUUCUCACUUUGAGAGAAGUGGCAGAAAAGGCUUUGUUGUCCUGGUAAAGAUUGGAAUUAUUUAUUGUCUUGGCUUUGCAAUGAAGUUAAGGGAGAUGGAAAAGCCUGAAAGUUUCAGGUAAUGCUUUCUCAAAUAGAUCCUUUUAGCAACAAGAUCAAAAGACCUUGUUAGGGUUCUACAGAUUUCCUGUCAAAUCCUCUUUCUCCUGCUGGUGAUGUCAGGUGGGCUGGUUUGUGGGUCAGGGCUGCCCUGGGGGGAGCUGGGUGUGAGUGGCUGAAGGAGCUCCAGCUCUUCCUGCUUGGGAAUUAUUCACAUCUGCCAAGAUGCAGAUCAAAUCUGCAGUGCUGGUAUAAUAACUGAGGGUUUUCCUGAAGUAGUGGAGCAUCUCUCAUCUCCUUUCUCUUAAUGAAGACAAGACUUUUGCAUCUGCAGCCACCAAUCUAAGCCCGUGGGAGUCUUGACAAACUGAACUGAUUGUACCAAGCCUCUGAAUUUCCAGGGGAACCACAAAUGGGGGACAACUGCCUGACUGUGUCACUGUGAGGAGCAAAUUUGAGCCUCCCUUUUCUCAGUUGUCUUCAGAGGGCAGGUAGACAGACAACAAAGUUGUCUCCCCAUAGACAACUUUCUGCUGCGGGCUGGGGGUUGCGCAGGAGCAGGAAACCAGGGCUGGUUUAAGUGUGAAGAACCCCAAGAUGCCCCUCCCAGAGAAAUGGCUCUUCCCCUUCUAUCACAAUCAUUGUGAUACAAAGGCAGAAGCAAAGCUCUGUUUCAGCAGAUAGCUCAAGCAGCUGGCAGGCAACAGCCACGUAAGAACAGCUUAUGACCCUUUCCUUGGCACUUUAACUCAUUGGUCUGAUUGAGGGAACAACUAAAAAGACCUUUGAAAAUGCUGUGGAUGUCGUGUCUCCCAAAUGCAUUCUUCUCUCUUCUGCUCCUCCUGUGCUUCCCUGCCCAGAAUGGUGGAGGAAAUGAACAGUCAGCAGACGUUAUCAGUGCUUGGGAAGGAGACUCCGUCAGCAUAACUUGCCCAAUGAAUGGUUCACAAAAUCAAGUGGGGAUGUACUUGACAGCUAUCAGACAGAAUCUCAAUGUGAUAUAUUUUCCCAAGGAUAAACCUCCAAAUAUCAAUCCUGACUUUGCUAAUCGCAUCAAUUACUCAAAGGAAGGGGAGAAUCUCAGGAUAACCCUGCACAGGUUACAGCAAUCCGAUUCCAAAAUUUACCUGUGCUCUCAGAUUGUUAAAAUCAAUGACCAUCACAAAGACCUACAUGUGAAGACAACCAUUGUAGUGGUCAAAGCUAGAUCCAGCAGGGCUCUGGAGCAGUCACCGCUCUUCGCCAACCCUGAGCAAGGGCGGUCUGUCAGCAUCACCUGUGUGCUGAAAAGCUCACCUGGAGAGGAGGAGUUCUACCUGCUCAGGAUUCACGUGCAGCCUGCCACUGUUCUGUCUGUGCCAAAUCUGAACAGCUCAGAGGUCUCUCCUGCCUUUGGGAACCGCUUGGAGUACUCAAGGGAAGGGAACAGAACUGUGAUAACUCUACACAACCUACAGGAAAAGGACAGUGAUAAUUACAUCUGUGCUCAGGGGCCCCAGGAUUCCCCUCUGCUCUCAGCCACUGGCACCAUGCUGCUGGUUAAAGGAGUGGAGCAGGCAUGUGAGAAGAGCUCCUGGGAUAUGUAUGCUCUUCUCAUCGUGGUGGCUCUGCUGUUCUGUGCCCUGGUGUGCUGCACCUUGUACUGUGUGGAUGUGAAGAAAUAUUUCCAGAAGAAAAAGACCAAUGUGGUGUAUGAAGACAUGUCCUACAACUCCAGACGGAGCACACUGGUCAGAACCAACACCUAUUCCAGAGGUGAAUAAACAUCUGCCAGCUGGGACCAUGUGUGCAUCAACCAUUUCCUCACAGGCAGCUCUGAGAGCUGCUUUAACCACCUGAACCGAAAUUCCUACCACCUACCUUCUUCAGAGGAAAGAAAACCUCAUUUCCAAGGCUGUUUCUACUUUUUUAUAUAUUUUUUUCUUUUUUGUAAUGUGCAGAAAAUGUAGCAAAAUGCAGGUACCCUGGACAUGUGUGUGCAGUUCAGGGUGAAAAAGCAGAAUUUUGGGGCUAAAUGAAAUUUAUGAGCUUGUUUCUUUGCUAAAUAACCCGUUCUGGGAAGGUGGGAUGGAUGGGGAGGUCUGGUUCUCAGCUUUGCUCAGGAAGAACACCCAGGUCUGUUCAAUGCUUGGCAAUGGAUCCACAUGGAUUCCAAACCUCUCAGGGGUCCUUGGGGUCUGCCCAAGAGCUCAAACUACUCGAGUUACAGCAGGGAAAUCCAUUUUGAUGAAACCUCAGGGAUGUGGCGGGGUGAAAUGCUGGAUCCACGUGGGCUCAGCUGCUCCAAGGUCAUGACAGACCCAGGAAAACAGCAUUGGCUCUGGAUUUUAGUUUGCUGCCUCUGUCAGAGCUGCUCACAGGACUGAUGGAGAUGUGGCUGAUGGACAAAGUGACUCAGGCUGGGUGCUGCUGGCUCAGGGACAGCAGAGGUGUUUGUGAUGUGCUGGUGUUGUCCCAGCAGGACGUGUUCCUCCAGCCCAGUGACUCCACACUGUACAACACAAGGUGAAAUAAUCCAGGGUAAAGCCAAUGCCUGCACUCCACUCUGGCUGGGGCUGAUUAAAACCCCUCCUUAUCAAAGGUGUGCAAAUUCCAAGCACAGAAAAUUCUUAAAAUCUUGUGAGUGCAGGCCCAAACACAGAAAUGAAUAAAAAGUUCAACUUCAGACCUUAGAAAACACUUUGGGAUUUAGGGACCAUAGGCAAGAAUGUAAGUUUGUAAUUUAAAUAGAAGGACAGUAAGCUAGGUAGUAAAAAGUUUUAAAGUUAAGCUACAGGAGUAGUUAUAAAAAUAAUAAGAACUUUAAGAUUUAGAAUCUCCUCACUGCAGCAAAGACAUCUAAAACAAAAUUAUUAACCAUUAGUGUGAAAGUAGAAACAUUCUUUUGUAGUAGUGAUUUUUUUGCUAAUUAACCUUUAAAAGAGGUUAUUUAGACCCAGUGGUCUUGUGACCAUUGACCACAAAAAUCUAGCAAACACAGUAAAAACAUUCUCACUCCUUCAUGAAACUGUAAAAAAAGAGUAAUAAACCAUGCUUUAAGAUGUCUCCCAGUAGUCCCAUCUCUCUUAAAAUCCCAAUAAAAUGGAUUUAUCAAAACUCACAUCAGGCAAGAAGAGGCUAAAUUUGGUUUAGUAACAGCUUCUAGAACAGGUGGGGAGCUGGGCCAAGGAAGGGCUUGGCCUCCCCCAGGGGUGUUUUGGUUUGGGGCCGCUGUGGAAAGUCAACAAUCUUCCAGAAAGGAAUGUUGAAUUGUUUCAGGGCAGGGCUGAUGGGGUGGCCUCUGGCUGCUGAGGACAGGCUGAGACUGGAGUUUCUCUCUAUUGAUGCAAUUGUUUUAUUGUUUUUUUUGAGGGAUUAGGGUCAGUUUGUCUUUGAUGAGUGCAUGGCUGGAGCAGAGCCAGGCACAGAGGGUAAUUCCUCUCCAGAGCUGAGCUCUGGCAAGAUCCCAGCUUGCCAAGACAACUCUGCCCCUCAGGAGAGCCCAUUUCCCUCCAGACAUCGCUCAUGAAAUGCUGCCCCCAGACCUGAGGGAGAAAUCCCCUCACUUGUGGGGAUGGUGCAGGUUCACCUUGUGAGCAAAUUGCUGUCUUCACAUGGCCAGACCUGGAUAAAUUGUGUUUGUCUUGGGGUUUUGUACAGUUCCUCCAUAUUUUCAUACAUAUAUUAAAACCUGUUUAAUAUCUCUUGCAAAUAAAUGGAUGUUUCUUUCA